GCUUGUUAUCGGCGCUGCACGUGUGGUUUAGCACAAUGUUUUCUUUUUUAAAUAAAUAUUAAUAUUACCUUAUUAAUAAUAUAAUUAAAGGAAUCAUGGGCAAGAAAGUGCAUAAUGCCAAGGCGCGGCAGAAUCCACAGACCAUUGUGGACAACUCGGCUGUCAAGAAGAUUCAAAUCGAUGUGGAUGCAGUGGCUGGCGUCAGCAAGGCAGGCUACGAUGAAGCCAACGCUCUGGUGUUGCCCUCCGAGAAGCGAGCCACCAAGAUCAAGGUUGACAAGGUGCAGCACGUGAAGAUUCUCACCAAAAAGCAGCGCAAGCACCUACAAGCGAUUGUGGACAAGAAAAAGAAGAAGGAGGGGCGCGCCCAACUCUUGGGGGAUCUGGCAGCCGUGCAAAUCCCGGAGGCGGAGUUGCAACAGUACACAUCCAUCAGCCAGGUGCAAACGGUGGGCCUGAAACGCCUGCCUACCCUGGAUGAAUAUCUAGCUAAAAAGAAGGAGAGACAGGCACAAGUGCUUGCCGAAAAGUCUUCGGGAUCGGGUCCCCGUGUGAAUGCUAUUAAGGGUUCCAAGCGCAGGCUACUCGCCGAAGAGGAGGAGGAACUGGAGGCUAAGCGCAAGAAUCCGAAUGUGGUUAGCUUAGAGGAUGACUACGAGGACACCUCUGAUGACGAGGAUGAUGAAGAAUCAUCUACGCCUGCUCUGCCUGCUGCCAUACCCACUCCAGUGGCUGCUCUUCCACCAAAAGUCGAAGUUAAACCGCCCAAAAUAACACCCAAACCAGAAUCUGCCCCACCUGCCUGCAUUCAUCAGACCGUCUACGUGCCCGUACAUCGUUCCACUGAAGUGCAGGAAGCCCGUCUUCGUCUGCCUAUCCUUGCGGAGGAGCAGCAGGUUAUGGAAACCAUUAAUGAAAAUCCUAUUGUGAUCAUCGCGGGCGAGACGGGGUCUGGAAAGACCACUCAGUUGCCGCAGUUCUUAUAUGAGGCUGGCUACGCCCAGCAUAAGAUGAUCGGUGUGACGGAACCGCGUCGAGUGGCUGCCAUAGCCAUGUCCAAGCGAGUGGCCCACGAAAUGAACCUACCGGAGAGCGAGGUUUCCUAUCUCAUUCGCUUUGAGGGAAACGUUACUCCGGCGACUAAAAUCAAGUUCAUGACCGAUGGUGUGCUGCUUAAGGAAAUCGAAACUGACUUCUUGCUUAGCAAGUACUCAGUGAUCAUCCUGGACGAGGCUCAUGAGCGUAGUGUUUAUACAGACAUACUGGUGGGCCUGCUCUCGAGGAUCGUUCCAUUGCGUCACAAACGGGGCCAGCCGCUAAAGCUGAUCAUCAUGUCCGCAACGUUACGAGUAACCGAUUUUACGGAGAAUACACGACUGUUUAAGAUUCCACCACCGUUACUGAAAGUCGAGGCUCGGCAGUUUCCGGUGACCAUUCACUUCCAGAAGCGAACACCAGAUGACUAUGUGGCGGAGGCAUAUCGCAAGACCUUAAAGAUUCACAAUCAGCUACCGGAAGGCGGCAUCUUGAUCUUCGUCACGGGACAGCAGGAGGUCAAUAAGCUGGUGCGCAUGCUUCGACGCUCGUUUCCAUAUAAGCCGCCAGCCAAGGAUGUGCCGCAAAGUGCUGAAGUGACUUCGGUAAAAACCACAGAGGAAGUAAAAGAUGAUGCGAGUGAGAAUGUAGAGGAUCCAAAGGAGCUAGAGUUUGACAUGAAACGGGUUAUUAGAAAUAUAAAGAAGUCAAAAAAGAAGUUCCUGGCCCAAAUCGCUUUACCUAAAAUCAACCUGGACGACUACAAGCUUCCUGGUGAUGAUACGGAAGCGGACAUGCACGAACAGCAGGAUGAGAAUGAAGGAGAGGAUGGAUUAGACGAAGAUCUUGAUGAUGACGAAGAACUAGGUCUAGAUGAGGAAUCGGGAAUGGGCUCCGGCCAGAAGCAACCACUCUGGGUAUUGCCCCUCUACUCGCUGCUCUCCUCUGAAAAGCAGAACCGCAUCUUCCAGCCUGUUCCAGAGGGCUGUCGGCUGUGUGUGGUCAGCACCAAUGUUGCGGAGACCUCGCUUACCAUUCCGCACAUCAAGUAUGUGGUAGACUGCGGUCGCCAGAAGACUCGUCUCUAUGACAAACUGACUGGGGUGAGUGCAUUUGUGGUAACCUACACAUCUAAGGCUUCCGCGGAUCAGCGCGCUGGACGAGCGGGUCGUAUCAGCGCCGGCCAUUGCUAUCGUCUCUACUCAAGUGCCGUGUACAACGACUGUUUCGAGGACUUUUCCCAGCCGGAUAUCCAAAAGAAGCCAGUCGAGGAUCUAAUGUUGCAGAUGCGCUGCAUGGGCAUCGAUCGCGUGGUGCACUUUCCCUUUCCCUCACCACCGGAUCAGGUGCAGUUGCAGGCAGCCGAACGCCGGUUGACUGUGCUAGGUGCCCUAGAGGCUACCAAGUCGGAGAAGACGGAUUUGCCACCAGUUGUCACUCGUUUGGGCCAUGUUAUCUCCCGUUUCCCCGUGGCGCCGCGCUUUGGCAAGAUGCUAGCCUUGUCCCAUCAGCAGAACCUGCUGCCUUACACAGUCUGCUUAGUGGCCGCACUCUCAGUUCAGGAGGUUCUAAUAGAAACGGGUGUGCAAAGGGAUGACGAUGUUGCGCCCGACGCGAAUCGCUUCCACCGUAAACGCCAGAGCUGGGCAGCCAGCGGUAACUACCAGUUGCUCGGAGACCCAAUGGUCUUAUUACGCGCCGUCGGAGCUGCGGAAUAUGCCGGAUCGCAGGGAAGUUUAGCAGAGUUCUGUGCCACAAAUGGAUUGCGACAGAAAGCGGUCAGUGAAGUUCGAAAGUUGCGCGUCCAGUUGACCAACGAGAUAAACUUGAAUGUUAGCGACGUGGAGCUGGGCGUGGAUCCCGAACUGAAGCCUCCCACAGAUGCACAGGCGCGGUUCCUUCGACAAAUUCUACUGGCUGGCAUGGGCGACCGCGUGGCUAGGAAGGUUCCUCUGGCCGAUAUUGCUGACAAAGAGGAACGACGGCGGCUAAAGUACGCCUACCAUUGUGCCGACAUGGAAGAGCCAGCCUUCCUGCACGUCUCUUCUGUGUUGCGUCAAAAAACACCAGAGUGGGUAGUCUACCAGGAGGCAUACGAACUGCAGAACGGCGAUUCCACCAAGAUGUUCAUCCGCGGCAUCACCGCCAUCGAACCAGAGUGGCUGCUUCUCUAUGUUCCUUUGCUUUGCAACAUACGUGAGGUACGCGAAGAUCCCGCUCCCAGAUUCGAUAAGACUUCUGGCAAGAUCUACUGUCAUGUGGACGCCACGUUUAGUAAGUCAGGCUGGGAGCUGCCACUUGGCGAGGUUGAGAUGCCGCUCAGCGAGAAGUCUUGCUGUUACUUUGGCAUGUUUCUGCUAGAUGGUCAAGUUUGCUCUAGGUUAGCUGACUUCCGGGGAAAACUGAAGUCCACACCCGCCUCUGUAAUCAAAAGCUGGUCCAGCAUGAACGACAAGGUGCUUCGCUUCAAGCGAGCUCUCAUAUCCAAACAGAUCCACAACCGUCAGGCGCUGCUCGACCAGUGGAUAAGUGAUCCUCACUUCCUUUUGGAGGAGUACCAGAAUCUGCUGUACGACGUGGCCCUCAGCGAACUGACGCCUCUGUGGCCACCAGUUGACGGAAAAGCACCAGAAGGUCAAUCAAAAAGCUAGGUUUCAUUUAUUAUUUAUUUAAUUGACAUAUACUUACAUUUUUUUUUAUGUAUAAUUUGUUUUAAAUGAAACUAAAAUAAUGAAUGAGUGAGAGGUAUAAA